AAAAAAAAAAAAAAAUUUUAUAAUUUUUUUUAAUGGAUUUCAGGUGAAAUCAUACAAACAUUGCAUUAGAAUAUGAUCGGACGGGAAAAUGAAAGAAGAAAAUUCCUAACGAAAAAAAAUGAUUAUUUUAAAAAAAUAGAAGCAAAGACAUGGGGAAAUCAAAUAACGAAAAAGAAAUUUUUUUUUUUUCGCCCAAACGUAUCAAUUAUGUCAAAUAAACGAAGAUCAUUUCCUAAUUAUUUUUAAUAGCAGAUGUUGAAUGCAUAAUUUAAAUAAAACGUGCUUAAAUUAUUUGAUGAGAGCAGGGACGAUAAUUUUUCGGACAUAACCAUACAAUAUGACAAACAUGACAAAACUGCCGUUUUAGUUGGUUCAACAAAAAAUCUAAUCUUAUCUUAUUACAACAUUCCUAAUUAGAUUAAGAGGCUUAGAUUCAAUCAUUUCAUUAAUUAUUUACGUUAUUUACGCCAUAAAAUUAUUAUUAUUAAUUCAAAAGAUGUAUGACAACUUAUUAAAAAAAAAAAAAAAA